AUGCCGCCGUCAAAUGUUUCAGAUCAUGAGGCACCUCCCAUUCCAGGAACCUUGGUCUCUAGGGAACGGUCGCAGGUUAUAAAAAGUCGAUUGGCUAGACUUUUGGGAACCAAUAAAGCCUUUCCAGGCUCUCAGCCUGUUUCGUUCGCUCAUAAACAUCUACAAACUCUGAAAGAAAAAGAUUAUUAUGUGUGCGAAAAGAGUGAUGGUAUCCGAUUUUUGAUGUACAUGACCAAGGACCCUUCACGACCUGAUAGACCGACUGUUUACUUAAUAGACAGACACCCGAAUUAUUAUCACAUUUCGAAUUUAAUAUACCCCAUACCUACAGAUGUAUCCGGGAAAGCAAUGCACACGGAAACCGUGUUGGAUGGAGAGUUAAUCUUAGAGCGAUUUCCAGAUGGGAAGAAGCAACUUAAGUUUCUCGUAUUCGAUUGUUUAGCUUGUGAUGGAAAACUUUAUAUGAAUCGUCCUUUGGAUAAACGAAUUGGGGUAUUCAUGGUAAACAUCAUUAUUCCACUUCGGCAGUUCAUGGAGAAAUUCCCAAAAUCAGUGAGUACGUUUCCCUUUAUAACGGAGGGGAAGAAAAUGGAGAGAUCAUAUGGAAUAGAAAUGCUAUUUCGGGAUAUCAUUCCGAGCCUUCAUCAUGGAAAUGAUGGUCUCAUUUUUACUUGUGUUGAAACACCCUACAUCACAGGGACGGAUCAUAAUCUUUUGAAAUGGAAACCGAAGACCAUUAAUACUUUGGAUUUUAUGUUAGGGCUGGAAUUCACCGAAGCUGAUGAACAAGGGAAUGUCAAUUUUGACUCGAUGCCUCAAUUCCAUCUGGGCGUUUACCAUGGUCGGAAUUCUUAUUCGCAUUUUGCAGAUAUGUAUGUGGAUGAGGAAGAAUGGGAAAAGCUUAAAAGUUUUAAUACGCCGCUUCAAGAUCGGGUUAUCGAAUGCAGCUUGGAUGAAGAAAACCAAUGGAGAUUUUUGAGGUUUCGGGAUGACAAAAGUGAAGCCAAUCAUAUAUCUACAGUGGAAAGUGUUUUAAAGAGUAUUGAAGAUGCUGUUUCUGAAGAAGAUCUUCUUCAUGAAGCAUAUGCAAUCAAACAUGCGUAUAAUCAACGACAUCCGAAACCACCGAGCAAUGAGAAGAAACGGAAAGCGCAGGAGGAGCCUGUACAGAAUGAAAAAGUUAAAUCUGAGAGAAAAGAAACUGUUUCCGAUGCUUAG